UGCAACCGCGCGCCGAGGGUGCUCAACUCGCUGCUCUGUUCCCUGGCGUCCCGUGCGCGCGGACGAGGCGGUUCCAAGCCCAAGUCGUCGCACGUUGCGUCCUCUCCUCCACCGACGAUGACGGGCGUCACCACGGUCUCGUCCGUGGACUCGCAACCUACGCCGCCACCGCCAACACCCUCUACUCGUGAGUCGUUGGCAAUGGCGGUGGCGGUGGAAGUGGACUCGGCAGCGCCGUACGAUGAGGACUUCAGGGAAUCGAUGGUGGCGAUGGUGGUGGAGAAGGAGAUGUACUCGCGGGAGGACCUCAACGCGCUGCUGCACGGCUUCCUCCAGCUCAACUCGCCGCGCCACCACCCGCUCAUCCUCCACGCCUUCGCUAACCUUUGGGCCCCGCGCGGCGGCCCAUUCUGCCCUCCUUUCCCGUCCGAGUCGGCGAGUCCUCUUAUUACCGAUUGUGCACGCCGUCGUGCGCCACAUAGCUAUACUCCAUGCGUGAUGCGUCCCCCCGAAAAAGAAAAGGUGUAG